AUGGCGCCUUUGAUGCCGCUCGAUGAAGCGGCCCAUCUCAACGCUGUGCAAACCGUUCGCAAUGCAGGAACCGCGUUCCUCCGUAUUCCCCUCGAGAUUAGAUUGGCAAUCUACGAGGAUGCUGUGGCUCUCAAGGGUCCCAUAUACGCGUGGCAGGUACAGAAACACUCCAACAAAUUUCGUUGGUCGUUGUCGGAUGCUGGGCAUGUCAGAUCUAGCCAUCAAGACCGUCAACACUGUCGUCAAAAACCUUUCACAGUUGUGUCACUUGCACAAACAUGCCGCCAAAUCUACCACGAACUCGAGAAUUUCCCGGUCUUCUAUCGAAUGAACAAUAUCGGGUUUAGGAAAUGCAACGACUUGGUCGCAUUUCUCGUCUCGAUCACGCCCAAGCGAAGAGAAAUGCUCCGCAACAUCACCCUCAGCUUCAACUGGGACAACGGCCACAACACAUUCUUCACCUACCAUAGUAAGCAGGAGAAACACAUUUGCGUGAUGCUGAGUCAAUGCAAGGACCUUCAGGGACUUUGGUUUCAGAUUGACAUUGGCGCCAGUUACUGGUCCCCAGGGAUGUCUCAGCAGCAACGUGUCAUGGACAAUCUCAAGAGGUGCUUGGAGGACAUCUGUUCCUCCGACGAUUAUACCCAGGUUUUGAACUUUCCGCUUGGAAGGAUUCGGCUCACGUCUAUGAGCGAUUCUUUCAAUAGCGGUCCUUUGAAUAGCGAUCCAAAUGCAAGGGAUUUCAAGCUGGAUCUUUUGGAGACAGAGCGCCCUGACGAUUCGGAUCCUGAAGCCUGGUACCAUCAACAGGCUGUGGUCGGCCUGAUCAAGAAAAUCAAGGAAAGACUCACUUCGCAUCGACAGCGAUUUAUGGACACUAUGGGCAUGGAGGGGCUUCCAUCGCUUUUCUCUGAUGCCCAGCUGCAAGCCGCCUACAUUGCCGCACGGAUCGACUUUCCUGGUGAGGAUCGUAUUGAGCAAGACCUUCAGAAAAGCACGUCUGGCGCGGUCUCAGGCCGAACACGAGGCCGCUCCAAGCUGAAAGCUACAGUCAAUGAAUGGGGCGUCAUCAAAAGAGAACAACAUAAGUAUGACGCCGAAGGUAUUCUGACGUAUGAUCACUUCUUUAUCCGCAAUGUCAGAUGGAGCGGAUCGAACAUUGAAUGCGAAGUGGAGCACGACGAAGAUAUCCCUGCGUCCUGGGAGCCUAUUCAUGCGACUCUAUCAGAUUCCGGAAGAUGGAGGAUCUUGAACUUCUACCAGAGCUUCACAAGAAAACUCAUGAUUGAAGGCGCCUCCAAGUCACUGGAGGAAAUCAGCGACCUGCCCACGCCGAAGAAUAUCACCGACGUCAUAUAUGGACUGCUCGAUGAUUGGCACCACGAAAAUUUGCCUGCGUGGAGAGGUUGGGUCAACGCCUGGGAUCGCCUCAAACUCUUGUUUGAUGAAGAGAUCCUUCGACUGCAGCAAGAGGCUGAGGCGUCCAAGAAGGCGGCUGCACAGGCGAAGAGGGUCCAGAAGCGCAAAAAGAGCAGCAAGAAACGCAGUCUCAGCGCCAGCGGAGAAGUUCAGAGAAGUACCAGGGCAGCCAAAAGGCGCGAAUAG